AUGGACCCCUGCUCUUCGCUCUUCAGCUACGUGUUAAUGCACUUGUUCGUCCUCUGCCUGCAAGCCCAGGUAACUGUUCAGUCCCCACCUAAUUUUACACAGCAUGUGAGGGAGCAGAGCCUGGUGACAGAUCAGCUCAGCCGGCGGCUUGUCCGUACCUACCAGCUGUACAGCCGGACCAGCGGGAAACAUGUGCAGAUCUUGGACAACAAGAAAAUCAAUGCGAUGGCAGAGGAUGGGGAUGUGCAUGCCAAGCUCAUCGUGGAGACAGACACCUUUGGGAGCCGCGUGCGUAUCAAGGGGGCAGCCACAGGUUUCUACAUCUGCAUGAACAAGAAGGGCAAGCUGAUUGGCAAGAGCAACGGCAAAGGCAAGGACUGCGUCUUCACGGAGAUCGUGCUGGAGAACAACUACACGGCGCUGCAGAACGCCAAGUACGAGGGCUGGUACAUGGCCUUCACGCGCAAGGGCCGCCCGCGCAAGGGCUCCAAGACCCGGCAGCACCAGCGCGAGGUGCACUUCAUGAAGAGGCUCCCCAAGGGCCACCAGACCACCGAGCCCCACAGACGCUUUGAGUUCCUCAACUACCCCUUCAACCGGAGAAGUAAAAGGACUAGAAACUCCAGAGCGGGCCCUUGAUGUGCCC